AUGAAAGCGAUAGAGGAUGGUGAAUAUGAUGUUGCACUGGGAACUACAUUCACUGAACCAACAAGGGAACAAUAUCAUACUUUACUCUUUAACAUAAAGCCAAACAGUCUAGAUACAACUAAACCAGGCUUUAUACGAUCUAAUCAAGGUCAUAUCAGUGUACAAUACCAUAAUCAAAAUAACCCAAAUGAGAUGAUAAAGUAUGAAGGUCCACUUGGAAAGAAAGCACAGAACAAUACAGUUGAAUGUCUAUUGAUAUUUGAUAAUGGAGUGUUUAGAUUGGAGAGGCUAUCAAGUUCAUCUCAUCUAAAGAAGCAGAGCGUAGGCGGACCACCUCCAUCAAUCAAUGACCCAAUAUACAAUGAGGUCACUUCAUUAUCUACAUCAAUGCAAUCAUCAUCUAUACACUCGUCGUCUUCAAAGAAGAAGAUGGAGGCAGAGGAAGUGUUCCCGUCUCAGUAUCUUAAGAAACAGAAGAAGAACGAACCAGAUACAUUUACUCCUCCACCAAUGUCAGCUCCAAGCGAACUACCAACGACAUCAUCUUCUCGAAGAUCACGAUCAUCAGCCAACUCCACACGAGCACAGCCUCCUCCCAUGUCCAACACACCAUCAUCUUCUGCUUCUCUACCUCAUAGACAUGGUUCGAGCAGUGGCUCAUCACACUCUAGUCAUUCCAAGCACUCUAGCAGCGCAAAGACAUCGACACCUCACGACCUGUCAAUCUCUGAUGAGUUUGAUGACUUUGCAAAGGAGCUGGAGGACAUCAACAAGGACGAGAUCGAUGCCUCGAUGGAGGACAUUGAUUGGGCCGAGUAUCCAGUUGGUGGCGAGGCUGGAGGCCACGCCUCACUCACGACCUCUAGUGACAUGAAUGAUAUCCUGUCGCAGGACAUGAAGAUUCUGGACAGCCCUCUCGAAACCGAUAUUUCCACUACCAUUGGUGGUCGCAACACCAACAGCAAGACAAUAGCUCCACCCGUUCUUGUAACAACUGUCAACCCUCCAGGCUUUGCAGGAUUCAAGGCCGGUGGGAAUGGUGCCGCACCAAAAGUGCACCAUCAGAUGGCACAGAAGCAACCUCCACCUGGUGUUCACUAUCACAGCGACCACAGCGACACAAGCGAGAGCGAUAGCGAGUCUGUGUCCUCGAGCUACUCAUCAAGCGACUCUGAGAGUAGUAGUGAUGCAUAA